AUGAGUGCCGUUUCUGGCGUUUUAUCGCGGCAAGUAUUACCAGCGUGCGGUAGCAUUUGUUUCUUUUGCCCUGGUUUGAGGACAAGGUCCAGACAGCCUAUCAAGAGGUACAAGAAGCUCAUUCGUGACAUUUUCCCCAAGAAUCAGGAAGAAGGCCCAAAUGAUAGGAAGAUUGCUAAGCUUUGUGAAUAUGCGGCUAAAAAUCCUUUGCGUAUCCCCAAGAUUGCAACCUCUCUUGAGCAAAGGUGUUACAAGGAGCUGAGAUAUGAGAACUUUCAGUCUGUGAAGAUUGUGAUGUGCAUUUAUCGGAAAUUGUUGAUCACUUGCAGUGAACAAAUGCCUUUGUUUGCUAGUAGUUUAAUGAGCAUUAUUCAUACCUUGCUUGAUCAGACAAGGAGACAAGAUUUGCAACUUUCUGGAUGCGAGAGUCUUUUCGACUUUGUAAAUAAUCAGAAGGAUGGAACUUACGCAUUUAAUUUAGAAGGCUUGAUACCUCAACUCUGUCAGUUAGCUCAAGAAGUAGGAGAAGAUGAAAGAGGAGUUUGUCUACGGGCAGCUAGUCUGCAGGCUCUUUCUUCGGUGGUCUGGUUUAUGGGCGAACAUUCACGUAUUUCAACAGAAUUUGAUAAUAUCGUUUCAGUUGUUUUAGAAAAUUAUGGAAAGCCAGAGGAUGUUCCUGAGAAGCAAGGUAACCAGAAUCAAUGGGAGCAAGAAGUGGCUAAAAAUGAGAACCCAGGGCCUACUUCAUCUGAGAUGCUUACCAGGGUUCCAUCGUGGGGGACAAUUGUUAAAGAAAAAGGAGAAUUCAACGUGACGGAAGAAGAUGCCCGGAACCCCUGCUUUUGGGCUAGGAUUUGCUUGCAGAACAUGGCCAAGCUAGGGCAGGAGGCUACAAACAUACGGCGAAUUUUGGAAUCUUUGUUCCGAUAUUUUGACAGUAGCGACCAAUGGUCCGUUGAUCAUGGUCUUGCCUUUCAAGUAUUGAUUUACAUGCAAAUUCUGAUGGAAAAGUCAGGGUAUAAUUCACAUGUUCUACUGUCCAUGUUGAUUAAGCACCUGGAUCACAAAAGUAUCCUGAAAGAUCCGAACAUGCAGCUAGACGUAUUGAACGUCACCACCUCGCUAGCACAGCAAGCAAAGAUUGAGCCUUCGAUAGAAAUUAUUGGUGCAGUUAGUGAUGUCAUAAGGCAUUUGAGGAAGAGCUUACAUUGUUCUGUUGAUGAUGCAAACCUUGGGGCUGACGUUAGGAGUUGGAACAAAAACUUGAGAAAGGCAGUGGAUAAAUGCCUCGGGGAAUUGUCAAAUAAGGUUGGAGAUGCAGCUCCGAUUCUUGAAAUGAUGGCUGUGGUCCUGGAGAAUCUUUCAGCUGUUACAAUUAUUGCAAGGACCACAAUUACUUCUGUUUAUCGAACUGCUCAAAUAGUUGCCUCAUUGCCAAAUUUGCAUUAUCAAAACAAGACGUUCCCUGAAGCGUUAUUUCAUCAGCUGCUUCUGGCCAUGGUCCAUCCCGACCAUGAGACCAGAGUUGGAGCUCAUCGCAUAUUUUCUGUUGUUCUAGUUCCUUCUUCUGUUUUCCCUCGGCCAGUUUCAACUGGUCUUGAUUUAAAGAGGCAAACUGAAGUUGAAAGGACGCUCUCUAGAACAGUCUCUGUCUUUUCUUCCUCGGCUGCUAUUUUUGAGAGGCUAAGGAAGGAAAAAGCUUCAAGCAGAGAAAGCUCCUCUCAUGGAUUCAAAGUAGAUGUUGGCUCUGCAGGGAAAUUUCAGAAUGGCAUGCUUGACAGAUUGUCGUCCUCUGCCAAUCAAGUGAAAAAUAUUGCAAGUGAUGCCCCUUCAUUGACUGAUGAAAAGUCCAUCCCCAAUUUAAAUAAGGAUGCUACUAUUUUGAGGCUCAGCAGUCACCAGAUUAGUCUCUUACUGUCAUCAAUUUGCGCUCAGUCGAUUUCUCCUGAAAAUAUGCCUGAAAACUUUGAAGCAAUCUCUAAUACGUUUAGUCUGGUGCUGCUAUUUUCCCGAGGCAAGAACUCAAGUCAUGAGGUUUUGGUACGCAGUUUUCAGCUUGCUUUUUCCUUGAGAAAUAUUGCUGUCAAUGAAGGGCCUCUUCCCAUAUCACGUCGUAGGUCACUCUAUACCUUGGCAAUUGCAAUGAUUCUAUUUUCAUCGAAGGCCUAUGGGAUUGUUCCGCUUGUAUCGUCUGCCAAAUUGAUACUCACAGAAAAAAUGGUGGACCCGUUCUUACAUCUAGUUGAGGAUCGCAAGCUACAGGCUGUAAGUGGUGAAACUGCUACCACCAAAAUUGGUUAUGGAUCUAAGGAAGACUGUAACUUGGCUUCAAAAGCAAUUUCAUCUUUAAGCAUCACCGGGGAACAAAGCAAGGAAUACUUUGCUGCUGAGAUUGCAAAGAGCUUAUCAAAUUUGUCAGAAUCCGAAUUGUCUUUUGUCAAGCAGCAACUCCUCGAAGAGUUCACGAUAGAUGAUACUUGUCCACUUCCAGCACCGUCAUCCAGAGAUAGUGCUCAACAAACUGAUCACCUUGAUGCCAAGGACGACGACCCUUUGGAGACUGAAGAAGAUUUUAUAGAAUCACAGGAAGGUGAGGCCAAUCUUAGGGAGCCGGCCUCGGAAAGCCAUGAUGUGCUGAGCGUGAACGAACUUCUAGAAUCUGCAACAGAGACAGCAAAUCAAGUGGGACGAAUGUCUGUAACUGCACCAGAUGUUCCUUACGAGCAAAUGGCCCUUCAUUGUGAGAAGCUCCUGUUGGGGAAGCAAAAGAAGAUGUCUCAUGUGAUGAUGAGUCUCCACUUAAGGCUGGUGAGUUCCGAAAAUCUUUCCUCCACUACAACUUCAACAAGUGUGCAACAGAGACCACCAGUUGCCCCUCUUGCUUUGCAAUGUGCAACUGAGUAUCAAAAUCAGGGCAACAGUACUCUCCGCCUGCCGGCAUCUAGCCCUUACGAUAACUUCCUUAAAGCUGCUGGUUGUUGA